GGUGUGAGCGAGGCGUUCUGCGGCUUCGGUCCUAGACUUGCGUUCGAAAAAAAAAAAAAAAAACAUUUGCCUGGGAUUCGGUUAACCAUCGCCGAUAACAUAUUUGAUGUGCGAUGGCGUUUUAUCAUCGUAAUGGUGAAAGAAAGCGUGUUCCACAUGAUUUUCGACGACAAGAAGAAGAAGUUGUCGGUAGUUUAUGUAGGUUAGGCAGCCGGCCUGUCUCUCCAAAGAGCUUGUUAGAACAAGAAAAAAGAAUACGACGCGAAAUAGCCAACAGCAAUGAAAGGCGACGGAUGCAAAGCAUUAAUGCGGGUUUCCAGUCACUGCGGACCCUAUUACCUCACAGAGAGGGCGAGAAGCUUAGUAAGGCAGCCAUUCUACAAAACACAGCAGACUAUAUAUACUCACUCGAACAAGAGAAAGCUCGACUUCUGGAACAAAAUUCCCAGUUGAAAAGAAGAGUACUGAAUUCGCAAAAUAAUCAAGACAGCGAUGGAAGUUGCUCAGAUUCUCCGUUACCCAAAAGGAAAAAGAGAGAACAAGUGGAAUUAAUUGAUGAGGGUAUUGGAAGUUCGAGCCCUAGAAGUGAAAAUGGUGGUGAUGAUGUUAAACGUGAGCUUCUUGAACUGAGGCUUUCUCUGGAGCGCGAAAGAGGUUUACGAAUGCACCUUGAAGAUCAAAUUAGGCAAUUUGAAACCCAUCUACUUUCUGACAAACAAUUGGAGACCAAGUUACUUUCUGAUAAACUCAAGGAAGUCAUUCCUCAUGUUCAGUUACAGUACAGUGAGAUAGAGGAUUUAUUAAAGCCCACAACCUCAGUUUUGAGCAUGGUUCUCGAAAGUAGUUUGGAAAGUCCAAGAUCACUUGGUACCAGUCAAGAAAGCCAAUAUGACAUACCUCUAAGAGCAUCCAGCCCAGAAUUGUCUAAUGAAGUAGCUGAAGAUCUUUCUGGUAAAAAUAAUGCUGUGUUACUUCCUUGUGUAAGUGAACUCUCUCUUUCUGAUACUAACACCAUUCCAAGACUUAGUUCACCAUCCAGCCCUGUGAAUGAAGCACCAACUUCCUACACUACAGAUGUUGAUAAUGGUUCACAAAAAUCAACUUACAAAACUAGUACAUCAAAACAAAAUCUUGAAGCAAUAGUUGAAGCAAUACGGCAUGUUGAAGGUGAUCAUAUGUUUCGAGAUGAUCCUUCACCCACAGAUUCCCAUUUGACUCAGUGGAGUGAUGAAGAACAGACAUUAUCAGGAGAGAAAGAUGACAUUGAGGAUCAAAGUUUGCGAACAGUACACCUAAUAUCAAAUGGGGAAUUUUCAUUCCAGCAUCAAAUAAUUAGAAAUGCACCUGUUUCUCAGUCUCGACCAGGAGUUAUUGUGUCCAACCAUUCUUAAUCAUACAUUCCCCGAUCCUGACUAUAAGCAUCAUUCCACCAAAUUCAUCAUUUGAUACUUUCUGCUUAGUGUACUAUACCCAUGACCAUUCUUCAUUACGGUAAGUUCAGUUCCUGGGUGCUCAUGCACU